AUGCAACAAAGUCGAUUGGAUAAAUUUUUUACAAUUAAAAAAUCAGCAACAACUAGUAAAUUAGCCGAUAAUAAUGAUGAUGAUGGAUCAACUGAUACAACAACAGCAUCAAAUGAACAAACAAAGAAACGAUUAUUAACAAAUGAUAAUGAAAGUAAUAAAAAAUUAAAAAGAGUAAAGUCAGAUUCAAGUACAGUAAAUAGUAAUGAAAAUUCUCAAAGUACUGAAAAUACUGAAACUAAUUUUUCCUUAAAUCAAUUUUAUUUGGACAAAUUUUUAUUAAUUCUUUCAUCUCUACUCAAACAUCAUAAAUGUUUAUUUAAUGAAAAUGAAUUAAUAUUAUUUGAUAAAUUUCAAACAUUAUCUGCUUCAUCACAAAUUAUUUUUGUUCGUUUAUUAAUGCGUCGUUGUAAAUGGCUUCGACGUUCAACUAUUAAUUAUGAAAUAUCAGAUAUAUCGAAUGAUACAGAUAAUUUAAUUUCACUUGUACAAAUAGGUUUAUUACAAGAUAUAUCAUCAUUAGAUGAUCUUGAUGCUGGUCUUCGUUUAUUAACUAGUGAUGAAAUGCGUGAUUUUUCUAAACGUUUUCAUUGUCAAUCGAAAACGAAUAAAUCAAAAAAAACUUCUAUUGAAAAUUUAAAAAGUCUAACAAAUCAAUAUAAAUCAAUGUUUGGUUCAACAACAGCAACAAAUCGUGAUCAUCUUCUAUUAAAAGAAUUAAAACGAAUAAUAAUUAAUUGUUAUAAAAUAUCUGAAGAUAUUCGUGGAUUAUUUUUUCGAAUGAUGUUAACUUAUCAUCCAGUAGCUCUUCUAGCAAUGGAUGAUCUUGAUCAAAAUGGUUUUACUCUAUUGUAUAAAACAUUUCAAAUCAUCCGUGGACAACUUCGACUUCCAUGGAAUGAAGAUCAAAUUAGUCAUGAACAUUUACCAUUUAAAACACCAGAACAAUUACAACUUUAUCAGAAAGCAAUUGAUCUACAAACAGAAUAUCAUCAAUUAGAAGAAUCGAAAAAUCUUGAUGAUUUAAUUCAUUUCUAUGAAACUUAUAAUGAACAAUGGCGUGAAAUGAUUGAUUCAUCGAGUGAAAACGAACAAUUACCUGGUUAUUUUCGUCGAUUUUCUCCGGAUUAUGUUCGUGCUCGUAUUCUAUCGCAUUUAACUGAAGUUUUACAACGAGCUCGACGUUAUGAUGAAGCAAUUGAAUUAAUUCAAUAUUUAUUAAGUCGAACUAUGUAUAAUCGUUAUCGUCGAGGUAAAUUAUGGAAUCGUCUAGCACUUAUGCAAGAAAAUUAUGUUAAACCUAAUGGUCAUCAACAAUGUUUAAAUACAAUCCAGGAAGCAUUACAAGAUCCGUAUGUUACAUUAGGUGAUCGUCUUGGAUUAUGUGAACGUGCAAGAAAAUUAUUUUCUCGACCAAAAUCAAAAGGAGUACUUUUAGCGACAUGGAUAACAGAUGAAGAAGAUAAUUUAAUGUGGACUGUUCCACUACCGAAAGAAAUUGAAGUAACAGGACGUUUAUUGGCGAAUGAUGCACGAAUGGGUAAAGUAACAUAUACAAUACAAGAUCCAGUUGAUGGUUCAAUUCAAUUUUGUAAUGUUGAACAAUUAGCUAUUCAUCAUUAUCGAACUGAAGAAGAUUAUACUUAUGGUAUUCAUUCGGAAGGAGCUGUUAUUCGAACAUUAAUUGGUCUUUUAUUUCUUGAUUUAAUUUAUAUAUUACCCACGCCAGAUUUACUUAUUGAUAUAUUUCAAACAGAACCGUUAGAUUUUCAAACUGAUGCAUUUUAUAAAUCCCGCAAAAGCCAGAUUGAUGAACGGAUAAGUCAAUUAAAUUCUGAAGAAAGUAUUGAAGAAGUUGCUGAAAAAAAUUGGGAAAUGUACAAUUUAACAAUGAGUUCAGUUGUUAAUUGGGAAUUAUUUCAAACGAAAACAACUUUAUUAAGUGCUUUAAAAUGUUUAACACCGGAACAAAUUCAAUCGAUGUCAAUCUAUACAUUUGUACAUAAUCGUGCUGCAUGGAAAGGUUUUCCUGAUUUAUUCGUAUGGAAUCCCAUAGCAAAAAAAUGCAAAUUUGUCGAAGUUAAAAGUCAUAAUGAUCGUCUUUCAUUUCAUCAACUAGUUUGGCUUGAUAAAUUAGUUGAAUUUAAAAUUGAUUGUGAAGUAUGUAAAGUUAGUGCAAAUGGUGCAAAGAAAUUAAUGCAACGUACAUCAUCUACUAUUGAAUUAGAUUAA